AAGUUUUGAAGAUUUCAAAUCCAAAAUGGCUAUGAAUACAAUUUAGAAAAGUCCAAUGGAAUAACAGUGUGUUUGCUUUUAAAAGAAAAGCCUCUAUUUUAGUAGAAAGUGCAAACCAGCAGCACUCCUCACCUUCUCCCGUCCCCCCACUUAAAUCACGUAAACUAUAACAUACACCAUACAGUGCCGACCACUCUCCAAACAAGAAUCACCUGAAGUAUUGAACCCACCUAGUAAGAAAAACAUGAAAAGUCAGUAACUUUUUACAUUCUUGCAUGAAAAUAACCAUAUCCCCUUCAACUAUUUAAUGCUUUCUUCACUCCAUGAAAAUAACCAAUAUCCAAACAAAGAAGCUAACCAUCUCUCUGUUUUACUAAAGCAACUUCACAAGUUCUUUUCUGCUCUUUGCUACAAAUGCAUUUCAAAGAUACUUGAUUUUACAUAAUGCAGCUAAUCGUUCGCUUAAUCUCAUUUUUGCUACUUUUACAAGUAGAAAUAGUUGGAGGUUUUCAAGAAAAUGUCACAAAUGGCUCGACCAAAUCUUCUUCAAUAUGGCUUAAAAGAGUGGUGAAGAAUCCACGAGCCAUUGGGUGCGGGAAUAGGCCCUGGAUUUGCAAUGAAGGGGAGUUUCCUCCAAGAAUAAAGAAGCGUUGUUGCAGGAAUCGCUGUAUUGAUGUCACCUCUGAUGCGAAUAACUGUGGAUUGUGUGGAAUAAGAUGUCCCUUCACAUGGCAAUGCUGCCGACGAAUUUGCAUCAACACUAACAUGAGCCCUUUUCAUUGUGGAAGCUGUGUGCAUAGAUGCCAGCCUCCAAGCCUUUGUUAUAAUGGAAUGUGUGGCUAUGCUCAACCACUGCCACCCUGGCCGUUCCCGCCUAGGCCACCACAUCCGUUCCCACCAAAGCCACCAUAUCCUUACCCACCAAAACUGCCUUGCUCACCACAUCCGCCCUUUCCUUGGCCACCCAAUCCGUACCCGCCAAGGACGCCUUGUCCACCAUUCUCACCCCUGCCGUGGCUGUAAUGUUGAUAAUGUAGCCUUUCCUUUAGAUGGAAAACCUCAGCAGAACUCUCAAACGUCAUCGCCAAUUUCUUAAUUUCAUCCUCGACGUCUUUUUCCAGAGUUUGAUUCUUGUUCUAUGGUUCAUAGAAGAAGACUACACUGUGAUAUCUCUAUGAAUUGUUCAUCUAAAAGUAUAUCUUUCCUCGUCUCAAUUCCUCGAUCAUUGUAAUUGUGAUUUCAUUUUCAAGUUUUUUGAUCAUGUCUCAAUCAGAAUCAACUUCUUUGAUGUAUGGAUCUAUGAAAAUUAUACUACAAUUAGAAGGAUAAACUAAAGUAGUAAACUCUAUGGACAGGGCUGAAUAACAAGACACCCACAUUGUACUAUUACUUAUAACUUGGAUCUCAUCAAAUACAAGCCUUUUAUGAUUA